ACCACACAACCUUUUUCUUCUUUAUAAACAAAUGGCGUAUAAAUUUUUCCCUACUUACUAAUUAGAAACUUUUUGUCACCGAGAAAUUUAAGAUUAUUUGUCACAAUAAUUUGUAAUGUAGAUUUAACGUCAAUGGAUUCAAGAAUUUGGGGAGAAGUUUUGUUAGAAAGGGUCCAUUUGAAAGAAGAAAAAAAAUACAUAUCCAAUAAAAUAUCCUGACGUGUACCGUGAUGUCCUUGAUUCCUCUCCCCACAAUUAUAGUAUGUAGAAUCCAGAUGCCACGCAUAUAUAUAUAUAUAUAUAACCUCAGCUAGCAAAUUUCGUUCAUAUUUCCUCUUGCAAGUCUUCAGUCUUCACUUCUCCUUGUGAAAACUCUUAAGACAAAGAAAAAGAAAAUAUGGAUUCGAAAAAUAGCAAUCAUGGGGAAGACGAAAAAAUAGAGGAAGCUCAAGUGCCUUUAUUGCCACAUUCAGGGUCAUCAAAAUACGAAGAUUAUGAUGAUGAGAAUGACCAGAAUUUCAAACGUAGGCUGUGGGUGGAAUCCAAGAAGCUAUGGCAAAUCGUUGGCCCCGCAAUCUUCAGUCGCAUCAUCAGCUACUCCAUGAACGUCAUCACUCAAGCUUUUGCCGGCCAUCUUGGUGACACCGAGCUCGCCGCAAUCUCAAUUGUAAAUAAUGUUAUUACUGGCUUCGACUUCGGCCUCUUGUUGGGUAUGGCGAGUGCAUUGGAAACGCUAUGUGGGCAAGCAUUUGGAGCGAAGAAGUACCAUAUGUUAGGAAUCUAUAUGCAACGUUCCUGGAUUGUAUUGUUCGUUUGUUGUGUUGUACUUUUGCCAGUUUACAUAUUUGCUUCCCCAAUUUUGAAGUUAUUAGGACAACCCACUAACGUGGCUGAGCUCUCCGGCACCGUGGCAUUAUGGAUGAUUCCCAUGCAUUUCAGCUUCGCUUUCCAGUUCCCUUUACAGAGGUUUUUGCAAAGCCAGCUCAAGAAUUCCGUGAUUGCGUGGAUUGCACUGUUAGCACUCAUCGUACACGGUUUCAUUAGUUGGCUGUUUGUUUAUGGAUUCAAGCUCGGCGUCAUCGGAACCGCCGUGACUUUGAACUUUUCGUGGUGGGUUUUGGUGUUGGGAUUGUUUUGUUACACCGUUUGCGGCGGUUGUCCGCAAACCUGGCCUGGAUUUUCUAUGGAGGCCUUUUCUGGUCUUUGGGAAUUCCUGAAGCUGUCUGCGUCAUCUGGGGUCAUGCUUUGUUUGGAGAAUUGGUACUACAGAAUACUUCUACUGAUGACUGGAAAUCUCGCGAACGCUGAAAUUGCUCUUGAUGCUUUGUCAGUUUGCAUGACAAUAAAUGCAUGGGAGAUGAUGAUUCCACUUGGAUUCUUUGCGGCCACUGGAGUGAGGGUAUCCAAUGAGUUGGGCGCAGGAAACGGAAAAGGAGCGAAAUUCGCAACAAUGGUUUCCGUCAUGACAUCCACAAUAAUCGGGUUAUUUUUCUGCACCAUAAUCAUGAUACUGCACAAUGAGAUCGGCCUAAUAUUUUCAUCUAGCCAAGACGUCUUAACUGAGGUGAACCACUUAUCCGUCCUCUUAGCCAUCACUAUCCUCCUUAACAGCAUCCAACCAGUUCUAUCAGGAGUAGCUGUAGGAUCAGGGUGGCAGUCAAGAGUGGCUUUCGUAAACAUAGCAUGUUAUUAUCUGGUGGGGGUUCCACUUGGGCUGGUAAUGCAACUGGUCUUUCACCAAGGGGUGAUGGGCAUUUGGGCUGGGAUGAUUUUCGGUGGGACUGCUCUUCAGACGUUGAUAUUAGCCAUUAUGACUCUCCGCUGUGAUUGGGACAAAGAGGCUGAGAGAGCAUGUAAACACGUGAAAGAGUGGGAGACACUGGCUUAAUGAUUAGGCUCCAGCCUGCACGAGACAUCUGGGCUUCAAAGCCCAAGUAUAGGGAAAAGCUCGUUAAUUACAUUCAUCAUUUGGAUUUUGGAGGGGCUUAGGAAAUGGAUGUAUGGCUUCAGAUGUCACAAUUAAAUUUUUCUUUCCCCUGUAAUGUAUAUCCAAGUAUCUAAGAAAAAGAAGAUUAUUUCAAAAGACAGAAAAAGAAAGGGGAAAGUGCUACCGGAAUCAAUUUUGUUUUCAAUCUUGAAAUUUUCAUAUUUUCAGAAAGCAAAUGUAUUAAUCAUAUGAAGCUCUCAGUUAUUUGAAUGUUAACAAGAAGAUUAAGACCUUUCAAGGUUUAUUAUAAGCAUUAUUGACGGUGUUUGCAGUUGUUCCAUG